AUGGCUGCCACAAAUAUUAUGACCGCCCCAUUGCUUCCAGAAGCCCCCAUCAUGAAUGACAUUCCCAACGAAACAUAUCACUAUAUUCCCCAUGAUCUCUCACCCAAGAGCCCGGAAGCAGUUUCAAUAGAAGUUACACAAAAGAUGCCUGAAGAAGGUAUCCAGGGAUCUUCACAAGAAGCGUCCGAAACGAUCUUAUCAGAAACCACUCAGGAGACAUUUCUGCAAAAGCCCCAAGAGUUGCAUGAAGAGUCGACUCAAGAGGCCGCAGAAGAGUUGCGGCAAGAAACACACCAAAAAAUGUCUCAAGAAGUUGUUCAGGAUGCUGCUCAGGAAGCUACACAAGAACUUCUUAUUGAGUCUACCGAAGAAGUCCAAGUGGCUCCCCAGAAGCCUUCAGUCAAUAAAAGCAAGCCUAUCAUCCCCGUGAAAUCAGACCUAGCUCCCUGUGAUCGCGUUCCUUUUGACCCAGCCAAGCAUAUCAAGUUCACACCUCCCUCAAAAGUGUGGACGAUGCAGGAGCUUGACUAUCCCGAAGGGAAAGGUAUCUCUCCUGUAGGUGUAUCUGAGCCUUUCCCCCUCUUCAGCGAGGAAGCGGUCAAGCAGAUGCGAGCGGAGAUCCUAGACGAGAAAGUUUGGGACAAGUACAAGUUUUCCAGUAACCUUUCUCAAUGCCAGUUGCGUGGCUUUGCUCCAGAAUGCGCACCGUUCAUCUAUGACGCCUGGAAGAGCCCUGAAGUCCUGGAAAUUAUCUCCAAGAUUGCCGGCAUUGACCUGGUUCCUGUCAUGGACUGGGAAAUUGCUCAUGUCAACAUUGCUGUGAAGAGCGAAGAAGAAAAGGCCAAGGAGCUGGAAAUUGUACACCGCAACGCUGAUGAGGGCGUUGCCGACUGCGCUUUGGAAGAUGAUGACAAGCCAGUUGUCGACUGGCACACUGACAGCUAUCCUUUUGUCUGUGUGACCAUGCUAUCUGACUGCUCCUCUAUGGUUGGCGGCGAAACCAUGUUGCGUAAGGGUAAUGGUGGUACUGUCAAAGUGCGCGGGCCCCAAAUGGGCUCCGCUGUCAUUCUUCAAGGCCGUUAUAUCGAACAUCAAGCCCUUCGUGCACUAGGCGCCGCCGAGCGUAUUACCUCCGUGACUUCCUUCCGCCCAAAAUCAGCGGCCGUCAAGGACGACACUGUCCUCCACACAGUGCGUGCUAUCUCUGACCUCAAGGAGCUCUACCACCAAUACGCCGAAUACCGAUUUGAAAUUUUGCAAGAUCGUUGUCAAGAAAUGGGUCGAAAGUUGAGGGAUCGCAAGCGGGCAAACAGGCCAUUUGAUACAAUAGCAACAAAGAAUUUCAUUCGGGAGCAAAUCGAAUUUCUCGAGGCUAUGGACCGAGAGAUAGUCAGGGAUGAGUUGGUGCAGAUGGGCUAUAUCGGUGACAGUCAUCUAGUUUCUGACGAGACCAGACAGACUGGGCGGAAGAAAGGUGUAUACCAGGAGGAGACUGUUGCUGCAUAG